CACUAUCCUCCAGUUCCUUCAAAAUCUCUAGCAUAAUCUCAGUAAAUCUCUGCAGCUCUCUCGAAAGGCUUCGGAAGUUCAAGAUGUGCAGAGGCAUUGGAAGAGAGAACAGCCCGAGAGCGAGCGGGUCGUUCCUCAAAGAAGGGUCCUCAUGUGAGUCGUCGCCCAACAAGGCCUCCGUCGCGUGCGAGCUGUGCGGGGCGAGGGCGUGCCUGUAUUGCCAGGCCGACGACGCUUAUCUGUGCCGGCAGUGCGACCGGUGUGUCCACGGGGCUAACUUCCUGGCCCAGAGGCACAUCCGGUGCUUGCUCUGCAGCACCUGCCAGAGGCUCACCCAGAGAUACGUCCUCGGGCCGUCGCUGGUGGUGGUGCUCCCGAGCAUGGUCGAGAGCUGGGCGGAUCAGAGAGAUCCGGGCGAUGCUCAGGACAAGUCCUCAGGGGACAACGUCAGGAGGCCUUUUCUGUUCCUCUGAGCGUUUCUCUUUUCCUUCUCUCUUGUUUUUCCGAUAAACCCUUUUGGCAUUCUUUCGUGAGGAAUUUUAUGGGGAGAAGUUGGGAGGGGUGUGAUGAAAAGUUUUUCCUUUUUCCCUUUUGAAGUUUGCUUGGAAUGGAGGGUUAUCAGUAUGGGUUUUGAAGCAUCAUAUAUACUCAAGGUAAGGGAAGUGAGAAUGAUGAUCGCGCAAACUAGGAACUAGGAAGAGAAGAUCGGUGCCGAAACUCGUGUAAUUUCAAGGAUGUUGUGGUCACUUUUCACCA